UGUAAUUGUUGGUUAAAUAACGCCUAUAUAGGGGCGUCUCUCUUAGAAUCCCCAAAUUUCACCCUUCUAACUCUACCGCCUUCUUCUAUUUCCCAAUUUCAUCCAGGAAUAAUCGAAAAGAAGUUACCGCGCAAUAAACUUUUGAAGAAUUCCCUAAAAUCCGACUUUGAUUUGCUGUCUCUUUACUGAAAACAAGCACUCAUGGCAACCCCGGCUCAUCGCCUGAUCCAAGAUCAGAACCAAAACUUUCUCUACAAUGGCACUACUCCUGGAGGAAAGACUGAUGUAACCAAAGCAGGUACGAGAGGAGGAGCUCUUGGUGGAAGGAAAGCACUUAACGACAUAUCAAACUCAAGAAACCCUUCUGCUCUUCCCUCUAUGAAGAAAGAUAGCUUCAUAAAGAAAGAUCCUGCAACUGUGAAAGGAAAAUCAUCCAAGGCAGCUGAGAAAGGAAGAGUUGGUGGUAGGAAAGCACUCGGUGACCUCACAAACUCGGCUAUGCUACGCCCGAAGCAAAUCCCAAAACUGAAUGCUGUUGCAGAAGAGGGAUUUCUACACAAUCAUCAGGAGUGCAUCAAAGCUCAGAUGAAGACCGUUGACAAGGACUACUUCCUGAAGACAGUGGGACUGGCUAAUGAUAUUGCUGCACUUCCAUCACCAAGGAAGGCUCCUCCUCCAAUUUGUUCGAAGAAGCUGAAACAUUCUACAACGGAAGAGAUGCUGCUGAUUGAGCUUCCUAGCUGCUGCUCGCCUGCUUGUCGAUCUCCUCAGUCGCCAAAGGCGCCUUAUGCGAUGAACUGGGAGGACGACUGUCUUUCUGAUCUGAUGACGGUGAUCGAUUCGCCUAAGCUCAUGUGAAGUUCCUGAUAAUCUGGUUUAGCAUGGCUGAAGAUUACUUUUAGAUUGGUGAUUACUUGUCAUUUGGUAAACUGAUUGACUGUUGAGUUUGUGAACUAGCUUUUCAGCUAGUAUCAUUUUGUAAGAAGUAGCAUAUGUGUCUAUGUUUCAAUUCAAAUCUUUGUGUUGAAAAAGUUGAAUAUCACUUUCUUUUGCCUAUUAAA